AUGGAAACCGCAUCAUCGGCCGCGGUUCUCCUACUGGAUCUCCCGCCAUCAGCUUUGGCCGGAAUUGACCUUCUCUCCUUCACCGUCACACCGAGAUUUCGCGGAGUCAAGGACCUACCAUCCGGCUUCCACUUCGCCUUUGCAAGCACCACCACAGCAUUUUCCGAACGCCAUGGUCUCUGGUUCUACAACACAGGCUCACAAGCACCCGAAGUGCCGCUUUUCAUCACUAAAUGGAGUCAAGCCACCGAGACCCUAAAAGCAGAAACUGACGAUGCCGAAAAGCUACGCUGGCGAGCUAACCUUGGAACGUUCUGGCGAGAAGGUCUUACACCUUAUCGCCAGUCAUCCUUUACAAAGGAGGGUGAUGCUGCGGAGGAGCUUCAAGACUGGCCGGCUCUGACUUCAGAAAUCAAGGCCCCACUUGUGUCAAGAAUUACUGGUGGAGAUGGACAUCAUUGGUACCUCACUUCCGCCAGCUCCGCACGUCGAGAUCUUGAAGACAUCCCCGGACUUGAUGAGAAGGAUAAAAAGGAGCUUCAAUCGGAUGGUAGCGAGCUCAACUWUCUCACAAUCGACUUCAAGCGGACGUGGCGAGAAGGUGCAACAGGCCGGGAACGCACGGAUGCCGCUCAAGACCGGAGUUGGGCAUUGGAGAAUGUAAUCAGAUUGGAGUGUUCGGGGGGUGAUUUAGGCGAGGUAAUCGGUGAACUGCAAUUCACAUUUCUCAUGAUCCUCACCCUCAACAACUUUUCUUGUCUAGAACAAUGGCGCCGCUUGCUCGAAGUACUCCUCACCUGCAAGUCUGCAGUGCCCACACACCCGGACCUAUUCAUCAGAACCCUGUCAACCCUUCGCUUACAACUUCAACACUGCAAAGAUGCCGAAGGUGGUUUGAUCGAUCUAGCCGAAGAGAGUGGAUCGCUUCUCAAAACCCUUCUCAUGCGAUUUCGCAAAGGGUUAGAAUCCCUUCCUCCAGGCUCAGCAGAUGUAGGAGAUGUAAUGGAUGAACUCGAUGACCUCUACGAAUAUCUCCGCGAUGAGCAUGGCUGGACUUUUGGAGGGGACUUCUUAAGAUCGGGAGUGUUGGAGCUGGAGGAUGGUGAGCAGGUAACAAUGGAUAGCACGGCUUUUGACGAGGAUGAUGAGAUGGGAGAGUUUGCACCUCAAAUUGUGGAUCUCACCCCCGAACAGGCGAAAUUGUUGGGUGUUAGUCCUGAAGAUGCGAGAGAGCUGGGAGUACGGCUGGGAAAUGCCUCAUUACGAGAUCAGCAGAAUCUUAGUGAGGGCGUGGAAGAGAGUGGGAGCGAUGAUGAUGAUGAUCUGGAGGAGGUUGCAACUGUUGAUGGGGCUGAUGAUAGUGGCGAGGAGACGCAGGAUCUGGAGGAUAUGGAUUCUAGGUACUGA